GGGCCCAAGUUCUCGAUGACCUUAAACGCCGUGCCCGCGUGGAUUGCGGUCUUGCAACCAUCGAGGACAUACUGGAGGACAGGUUGGAAGAUCGAAUGGAGAGCUUUGUGCUCUCCGAGACGCUCAAAUAUCUAUUCCUGCUCUUUGAUGAGCAUAACCCUCUGGCAACCACUGACUCAAACAUUAUUUUUACAACCGAAGGUCACAUACUAACCCUCAAUUCUACACAUAUCCGACCAAUGUCACCAACUAGACGAUCUUCCAGACAGGUUGGGAUGAAAUACUUCGCCUGCCCGAUUCAUACUAACAUAUUAUUACAGUACGAGAACCUAACUUGUCCAGCGAUUGAAGAAUCCGCGAUAUAUCCUGGUGGAUUAAAUCCACCUCCACUUAGCCACGGUAUACGUAGUCGAGUAGACUACGAUUUUGCGCGCACUUUGGUUGGACUCCCUCAAGAUAGUGAAGCUGCUAAGCAGGAUGCCUUUUGGUCGACACCAUAUGGCGUCUGCGAAAAACCAAAGAUGGAGUCCUAUGAAUUCCUCUUGAAUAGGUUAGGGUUCCAAUCAAAGGAGGACGACGACGUUGCCUCCUUGAAGAAGAAACUCGUACCUUGGAGAGGGGGGGUGUUGGUUAUGGAGACAAUGGGCCUACGAGUCGCUGUAAAGAGUAGAUUUGAUGGUCGUGGAUAUGACAUCACCAAAAUUGGACAUCUGCAGGUCCGCCAAGGUGAAAAGGUCUUCUUCAACGACACUCUCUUGUUCGGAGUAGAUGCGGCAGAAGCGUCUAAGUCACAUCCCAGAGCCCGAUCCGUCCCUCUCAGCUUUCGCACUCUCCGACCUUCCAGUCCGAUGGUAUAUGACAAUGCAGAGAAACCGGAAGAUCUACUUCAAGUGACCAGCGAAUUUAUCGUUGAGGCAUCGACUGCAGAAUUUGGGAUCGAUAUUGACAAAGCAAGGUGGAAAUCGUUGGAGGAAUCAUCUGCCGAUAGCUUUGGACUUGCAGGUGCCAACCUGAUUCGCAUCCCAGAAAAUCCCUUGGGAUGCUCCCCUUACAACCAAAAUAUCCAUAAUGUCACCAACAAAAUGAUCUAUGUGGAGCGCGGCGAGUGCCUCUUCAUUGAAAAACUGGCCCAUGCUCGUAACGCAGGAGCAAUGGGUGUCAUAGUCUGGCAUGAAGCCGAAGAUCUCAUUCGACCAACAGCAGAAACUAAUGACCUUCAUGCCUAUGGCAAGGAAGUAGAGGGAGGGGUCUUAUUAGUUGUCCCAGGAAGUGCCCAUUCGGUCAUCGCAAGCCGUCUCUCUCUUGCAGAGCAAGACGCUGCUAAUAAUAUUGUUACGGUCAACUUGGAGAAGGAAUGGCCAGAUGAACUGGCUGACAGUCGAAGAUUAUGUUUUGAUCUAAAUUCUCCAUCUAUGGCGCAAUCCUACCAGGGUCACGAGGGAAGGGAGCUGCCAAUCUGA